AUGAAAUUUGGUAAUAAUUUACAAUAUUUAUCAAUUCCAGAAUGGAAAUGUUACAAUCUAGAUUAUAAUGAAUUAAAAUAUCAAAUUAGAUCAAUUACUCAAAAUCAUUCACACAAUACUCAAACAUUACCAAAAUUAAAACAAUCAUUUAUUGAUAAUUUUGAUUAUAUCAAUUUAUUUAUUGCUACUAAAUAUGGAGAAUUAUUAAGGAAAUAUAAUUAUUAUGAAGUUUAUUUCCAUCAAUUAUUAAACAACCUGAUAAUAUCAUCAUCACCAUCAGCUAAUAAUGAAGAAGUUAUACGACAUGUAUUAAUUGAAUUAGAUGAAAUUUUUUAUCAAAUUAUUGAAAUUUCAAUUGAAUUAAAGAAAUUAUCAAAAUUUAUAUUAAUUCAAAAAAUUGCCAUCAAAAAGAUAUUUAAGAAAUUUUUAAAAUAUUAUACCAGUAAGAAUAAUACUAAAUUUAUCCUUGAAUUAAAAUCUUAUUUAACUUCAAAUCCAAAAUCUUUAAUUAAUUUUGAUUUAUCUUCAUUAACUUUAAAAUUAACAAAUUUCAUUAAUUUAAUUAAAUAUGAAAGAAGAAGGUUUAAUAAUCUAUUUACAAUCACUACCAACACCACCACCACUUCAAGAUCAGCUAUGCCAAUGGACAGAAAAUUAUCUUUAUUUAGUAUAGCAUCUACAUUAAUAUCAGAUACUCAUUAUCAAAAUUCAGUCAUUAGACCAAAUCAUAGGAGAAAUAAUUCAACAUUUGGUCAAGCAAGCAUAUCAUCUCAACGUCAACAACCACAACGUUCACAAUCCCAGAAUAGACCAAUACCUCAUAUUCAACAAGAUCCAAUUAGUUUAGAAUCACAUUUUGAUUUAUCUAUUUAUUUAAAGAAGAAUUUCCAAUUACAUGCUUUGAUACCUCAAGAUUCAAAUACUUUAAAUGAAAUUAUUCUUAAUUUUAAUAUUUAUUUAAAUUUAAAGAAUAUUUCAACUAGUUCAACUGAUUAUGUUUCAUAUAUUUAUUUAACUCAUGAUAAUUUAAGUAUUGAACAUUCAACUAUUGUUUCAACUUCAAAUAGUGAUUCCUCAAUUAUAAUUGCUCAUAUUGGUGACUUAAGAAAAUAUGGUUAUUGUAUCUUACCUAAUAAUAUUGUUCAAUUAUUCAUUAGUCAUUUAAAUGAUAGAUCAAAUGAAGAAAUUAAACAACAAUUAAUUGAUUAUUUUCAACAAAAUGAAUGUAGUCAUUUAACUAAAAAGACAAUAGAUUAUAUUGUUUCUCAUAAUUUAAAACCAACUUUGAAAUUAUUUUGUAAGAGAUUAAGAUAUAUAGUUGAUGAAGAAGAUUCAAAUGAUGUUAAUGAAGUCAAUGAGAACAACAAUCAAGAAUGUGAAAGUGUUAUUGAUGACGAUGUUGAAGAUGAAGAUGACGAAGACCAAAGAUCAAUCAUCAGUAGUUAUACUGAUAAUAGAUACUUGAUUGCAUUAGAUUCGGAAAUUUCAACUACAAAUGAGAAAUCCUAUGUCAAUACGGUGGAAUUCCCAGAAAAUUAUGAUUCAUUUGAUUUAUUCCCUCAUAAUCAUCUUGCUAUUUAUUCUAAUGAUAGUACCUUAUCCAAUUUUGAGAAGUCAUUGGAAACCUUAAUCGAUGUCAAGGAUGGUUUGGUGAAAAACCAAUAUGGUACCAUGAAGAAAUUACCUAAAAAAGUCCAAACCAUUCUAAAUAAUAAUUGUGUUUCAUUAUUCAAAGGAUUGAAUUUCUAUCAAUAUCAAUUAUCUUGUUAUUAUAAUAUUAUUCCCAAUGGAGAAUUCAUCAAUAAUCAUUAUACCAACUUAUUAAAUCUUAAUUUAUUCAAGAAUUUCGAAAAUAUCGAAAGUCUUAAUCAACAAAUUAAUGAAGAGAAUGAUUUGAUUACUAAGAAAUCAUAUAAGAUUAUUCAACAUAAGAUGUCAAUGAAAUCAUUACAUUCUCCAAUGAAUACUUUUGAUAAUCAAAAAACCAAUUCUUUGGGUUCAAGUACAAAUUCAAUUUUUGAAGCAGUUGCAAAUUCCAAUGAGAAUGAAGAAGAAGAUGGCGGAAGUAUUUCUCCUGAUGAAUUGGUUCAAUUUAAUAAUGACGAUACGAUUAUGGAAGAUGGUGAUAAUGAAGAAGAUGAUGAGGAGGAUGAUUAUGCGAUUUAUUUAAAGAUGGAUGAACAUGGUCUGCAUGAUUCAUCAUUGAAUAAUUUCAUUUUAACUGUGUUAAACUUUAAAAAUAGAUUAUUCAAGCAUGUUGAUAAACCAAAAAGAAGAAAACUUCAAAAUCCUACAAGAAAAAAGAAGAUCAAUGAAAAUCCAGUUUUUAUUAGUGAUGAAGAACAAUAUUUGGAUCCUUAUACCAAACUUUUAUCUUGUUAUCAUUCUGGUAAUUUCAACAACAACAGUGGUACUGGUACUCCAGGAGGAUAUGAUUCAAUCAAUGAAGAACCACCAACUUUCUUACAAAGAAAUCAAUAUCAUUUGAAAUAUCAUCAACAAUAUGAUCAAACAUUAUCAUAUAUUUAUUUUUCACUCGACCUUAUCUCAUUAUUCCUUUCAGGUAUCCAAUUCGGCAUCAUUUAUUCCAUAUUUGCUACCUCAUCUUCCACUGAUUCCCAAUUCUUGAUUGGAAACAAUGUUGGAUUGAUGAUUGUGUUAAUCUUGGGAAUUGCUUUGAGUUUGGUUUUCAGUAUGAUUAGUAUUAAUUUGAUGUAUUAUAGAUAUACUGACGUCCCCUCUGCUCAUUCAUGGUUGGUUUGGAGUGGAUUCGUUAUGGUGGCUUGUUGCUGCAUUUGGUCUGGGGUUCUUAUUUUGUUUUAG